GAACACCUUGAGAACUGUAUCUCAUGUAGAGGACUCUUGACAAAGCCGUCUUCAUGGUGCGGUUUAAUGACUUUAUUCUUUAGGAUGAAGCAUGUAAAGGUUUUACAUUUGCCACUACUUUUUGUGUUUGUGCACACCUGCUUUGCACAAGCAGAUUUUGCUCCCUAUUUCUAUGACAAUGGACCAUACAGUUACAAUGGAAACAUGGCCCUCUUCAGCCUCUCAGAGGACACGGCUGUUGGUACACAGAUCUAUUGUCUUAAUGGCACAGACCCUGAAGGCCAGGAGGUGAGGUAUGGCCUUUCCUUUGAGCCAGGGUCCAAAGAGUACUUUAGGGUCGACCCCAAAUCUGGAAACAUUACAUUAGUAGAAAAGCUGGACAGAGAGAAUCAAGACUCUAUUGACGUCCUGGUCAGCAUCACUGAUGGACAAAGCAAGGUUGUGGAAAGAGUAACAAUAUUUGUAAUGGAUGCAAAUGAUGAAAAGCCUGAAUUCCAAAACAUGCCUGCAAUUAUUGAUGUACUGGAAACAACAGAGUCUGGAAGUAGCAUCUACAAAGUUGAAGCAGUGGACAGAGACACGGGCUCCGGGGGCUCAGUCACCUACUACCUGCAGAAUGCUCAGUCCAAUUUGUUUGCCAUCGACAGACACAGUGGUGUCCUUCGUAUCAAAUCUGGAGAAAUGUUGGACUAUGAGAAAACAAAGACACACUUUGUCAUUGUCAUUGCAAAGGAUGGUGGUGGUAACUUUAAUGGCAAGGAGCAGUUUAUGUCCUCCUCUGCUACCCUGACAAUUAACGUGAUUGAUGCUCAAGACACUCCACCAUCUUUCAUUGGGGCACCCUACUUUGGCUAUGUUUAUGAAAUCUCAGUGCCAGGAUCUGAAAUAUUCACUGUUGAAGCCCAAGAUGGUGAUGUGGGGAACCCAAAUCCAAUCCGUUAUUCAUUUGAUGAUGGGGAUGACGGUGUUUUUAGCAUCAAUAAAACAAGUGGGUGUAUCACCCUGUUGACUCUCCCCAUUUAUCUGAAGAGAGAAGUCUUCAACAUUAAAGUCAGGGCUUCAGAAGUAAAUCCUGAAGGCAGACUCAUGGACUAUGAGGUGACCACAGUGGUGAUCCGUGUGAUGGACCUAAAUAACAAUCCACCUACCUUCUACGGCGAGAACGGCCCGCAGAGCAUGUUUGAGUUAACCAUGUAUGAGCAUCCACCGGAGGGAGAGAUCCUCCGGGGCCUGAAAAUCACUGUCAAUGACUCUGAUCAGGGUGCUAAUGCUAAAUUUAAUCUGAGACUGAUUGGACCAGGAAGAAUGCUGCGAGUUGUCCCUCAGACUGUACUCAAUGAGGCCCAAGUCACAAUCCUAGUAGAAGACUCUGCUUCCAUGGACUAUGAGAAAUACCAUUUUCUAACAUACAAGCUACUUGCAGUUGAGAUUGAUACUCCGGAGAGAUUCAGCGCUACAGCAGACAUUGUCAUUCAUCUCCUGGACACCAAUGACAACGCUCCCAAAUUCUCUUCAGACUACUACAUUGCCAGAAUUCCAGAAAAUUCACCCGGUGGCUCCAAUGUGGUCACAGUCACGGCACUUGACCCAGACUCAGGACCUUGGGGUGAAGUGAAGUACUCUAUCUAUGGCUCAGGGGCUGACUUGUUCCUGAUCCAGCCCGACUCUGGGAUCAUCUACACCCAGCCGUGGGCAGGCCUGGAUGCUGAGGUGAGGUCAAAGUAUAACUUCUAUGUGAAGGCAGAGGACAGAGAGGGGAAAUACAGCCUGGCUGAAGUCUUUGUGACUGUGUUGGACUUGAAUGACCACCCACCUGCCUUCUAUGAUAACUUCCUCGAGACGACCAUGGUCAUUGGAGCGCCAGUGAAAAUAGAGGCUGUAGAUGAUGAUGCAGAGGUCCCCAACAAUGUUAUAGAAUAUGCCAUCAUGAAAGCUGAGCCAGACAACAACAUCUUUGACAUUAACGCUGGCACAGGCGAGAUCAUGCUGAAGUCCUACAUCAAGUCAAUGGCUAUCAUUCAGAACAUCACCAAGAAGAGAGACUGCACCUGGUCGCUGGUGGUGCAGGCCCGGGACCUUGGUCAGCCAUCCUUCAGCACUACCGCUGUUGUCAAGAUUGACAUCACUGAAGCUACCCAACUCAAAGGGGGGCCUUUGGGAUCAUUUUUAUUGCACGAUAGAAACAAGCCUUUGCAAAUCCUAGGUAUGCUUGCUGGUAUCAUUAGUCUCAUGAUCAUAGUGACAGUCAUCAUCUCCACCAUAACAUUCAUGCGCAACAAAAAGUCCAACCGGAUCCUGCCCAACCGCCGUGUAAAGAGAAGGCAGAAAAAACAGCACACCUGGCUCUUCAAAAAACCCUUACAGAGACCGGAAACUAAGGAAGAGAAAUUUAAGGUUGAAGAGGAAGAGGGGGAACCAGAGGUAAUCAUGGAGAACGUCAACUAUAACAACAAUGCUGGCAGGGUCUUGAGACAAUGGCCACCUCCACCGCCACCCUGUGUACCUCCACCGCCUUUUUGCAUCCCAGGAGAGAGGCAGUGGGCCGUCCCCACAGUCUCAGCAACCGUGGCACCCAAACCUAAAAAGAAGCCAGUGAUAACCAGACAAGACUCUGUGAACAGAGCGCUGGUUUCAGAGCUCAAGAUGAGGCUGGAGCAGAAGAGAAAGUCAGGCCAUUAAUGUUGUUUCACCAUUCACAAAUCAAUCUCAGAACUCAGACCAUCUCGUGAAUUUAGAAAGGAGAAUUGGAAAUGAAAAUUUUGAAAUGGAAACAUCAAAACUCAGACAGGGCAGAAUUUCAUUCAGUCCUGUGUGAUGAUUAAAAAAAAAAGCUCCAGAGCAGCCAAGAAAUGGCUCUUGAGGUGAGAAUGUUGUGUAGUCUGAUGCUUUCAAAGGUGAAAAAUUAACUCAGUCACUGACAGUGGUUUGUUUGUGUGUCUGUGCAUGCGUGCCUGUGUGUAUAAAUUUGAAAUGUACUGAAACCACUAAGAGCUCCACUGUAUAUCAAUAAUACAGUUUUUAUUUAAAAAAAAAAAAAUCCUACCAUGUUUGUAAUCAUUCAAUAUUUCAUAUCUUCAGUUCACAACAUUUCAUUGUUUUAUUUUCUUUCUAGUUCUGUGACAGAUAUAUCCUUCUUAUUUAUGUUUUGGCACACCACUGACGUAAACUUCUUGAACACAAAUCUAUAACUGGAAAUGAAGUCAUUCAGAAUUCAACAAGUGAGACUGUUUGUUUAGGAUCUAACCAAGCUCCUUACAAGAGAUUUCAUGACACUUGAACUCUGUGAAGAGAUCAGCCUGGGGCUAAGAUCACAUUAGAAGAGCCUUUAAUCUGACUCUGCAGGUGUGCAGCACUGUUUGCAUCACUGUUUUAUAGCUGCUUCCAUAUGUUUAUUUUCUGGGUCUUUAUUAUUUCCUCUGUAUACUGUGUGGCAGUAUAUCAGUGGAUGUGGUUUUUGUCAAAAAAAAAAAAAAAUGUCACAAAACACUUGGAUUUUUGGACUUUACUACUAAUUAAAGAACUUUCUUUUUCAAAAUAAAAUCAGUUCUACUUAAAUAACUUAACAGCGCACCACUUUGAAAAUGACUGAAACUGAUAAACUAAUCCCUCAUUCCAAAACUGAGACAUGAUCAUUACUUUAUUAAGAGUUCUCCCUGAGAGAUCAAAUUAUAAGCUAUAGGUUAUAAAUAUAGGUACAGGCUGUUUAAUUGUUUAAUUUAGGUUACCUGUGGGUGCUUGAAACUGUAUAAUUAUUGCAUGUUUUGAACUGAAUAUCCAAAUCUGAAGGAUUACUAAAAACUAUAAGUUAAGGUAGUAGAGUAAAAUUACACUGUAGAGGACUGGGAUGUUGCAUAAAUUGAAAAUUGUAAAGUACAAGAACGUCACAUCUGCAGUAUUUACACUUCUACACUGCAGAAUUUAAUUUUUUGACGACUUUCUAUUUAUAACUUGGAAAACGUAUUUUAUCUUUCAGAUCACUGAUUUGACCAUAUAGA